UGUCCACGUGAGCUUCAUUCAGCUGAGCGCUGCAAAGAUGAAUGGCUGGGGGGGUGGAAGAUGGAAACGUUGGAAAAAUGGAGCAGAGACAUCAUGGCACCUCAUCAGCUGGAUAGGAAAUAUCAUUCCAAACAAAAUGGCAUGAUUGCAAAAAAUCUACUGAACUCUCUCAAGAUUCGCAAUCGUUUGCAGCUCCAGCCCAUUUCUCGUUCAGCAUGUGCCACUGGCUCCUGUCCAGACCUGAUGAAUAGGAACGAGCAGCCCGACUCCCGGCCGCUAGCCAUGGCCUUGACGCCCCAGCUACCGCCCAGGACCCAUCGGCCCCUGUGUCUCUCGGUGUCCUCCGACAGCAAUGGACGCUUUAAAGCUCUGGAGACCCAGGAAUGGAAGAACAACCUCAAAGCUCAGAUGGAGCAGGCCCAUAGUGCCGGAGCGGCCAGCAGCACAGGCUCCCUUGAAAGAGCGUCUCUGUUUUGCGCUUCUGGCUCCACCAGCACCAGCUCUGGCCUCUCCAGUCCGGUGGAGCACCUCACCAAGAGCAAGUCCUCUAGUCGCUUUUCACUCUUCUCCCCUCCUUGGAACAGCAGCUCUGAGUCUGACUCUAACCCCCCUUCCCGCUCGGGAUCCAAGAAAAUGCGCAACUACAGUCGCAGAGCAGUUCCCGGCAGUGCCAAGACGGGCCCAGAGACUCCAGAACCCAAGCAGAGCGUCUCUGAACACUUCCAGUACUCGGAUCCGGUUAUAUCCAAGGUCACAGACUACAUUUACGUGGGCAACCUGAACGCGGCUUAUAGCGGACGUACGUUGUGCCGAAAUAACAUCGAUAGCAUCAUCGACAUGAGCAGCCUACCUGGGGAGACUUGUUUGAGAGUCAUUCCUUGCACUUGUUCAAGGGGCGUCAAGCAUAGUUGGUCUCGGCUCAAAGUGGACAUGAGCGACCUCCCGGACACCGUCCAAGAAGGCCUCGCCCUCAAGCACCGGUGCUUUGAGGACAUCAACGAGUGCAUCGAUGCCUCCACGGAGAAGAGGAAGCGAGUGUUGGUCCAUUGUCGGGAUGGUAUUUCCCUUGCCCCCACUUGCAUUAUCCAGUACCUCAUGGUCAAACAAAAUAUGAGGCUUAUUGCUGCUUAUGAGCUGCUCAGAGCCAAACACCCCAUCAACAUUCGCGAGUCCCAUCAGAACGUUCUGGUAAGUCUCGAAAGAGCGCUGCGACCCGGCGGGAACACGGACCCAGAGUGCUUUAAACAGGCCAUCUCCCGCAAAGUGGCUUGGACCUAAUAGAGAGCCUUGGGGAACCUCAGUUUUAUUUGACCGUUUUUGUAGUUUGUGCUUUUACUUUGUACAUUAAUUCCUUUGUUAACAGUGAAAGGCAGCUUUUUGGUGUGUUAACUGCGAUGGAUGUCAUGGUGUGAGUGCUAUCUGUGAAAAUUACUUAAGUUGUUCGGUGGCCAUUUUAGAGAAAAUAUGAGUCAUUCGUUUUUACAAACACGCUUUGUGCUGCUGCUAAACAAUGGGAUUUGUUUGGGAAUAUCUCUUAUUUCUUCUUCUUCUUCACAUGGGUAAAUAGCCAUGCUGUGCAGGUUUAUGCUGAGGAAGACUUUUAGUGGGAACUCAGGAGAUGAAACGAUGUCAUAUAUGACUGCGAACGCCACUACUGAGGCUGAAACGUCAAACUGGAGUAUUAUCAAUUCAACAUCUCUAACACUUUAACAGAUUGAGGACUAAACAUGAUUAGUCAUCGUAUCUGGCUGUAAAAAGCACAACCUUGGUUAGCCUCCUUAUUCUUUUGAAAAUUGGUUGAUAUUUCGCUAUGUUUAUCCAGGGUUGAGUAGUCCUCUAUGAGGAGUCAUUUCAUGUACUAAGCUUCUUUUAUUAAAUGUUUAAUUUUCAACAUGUUUGAUCAAAUACUGAUUUCAGUGCUUGGAUAAAAAUGUGAAUUUUGCGAUAAUGUAAUUGAAUCUGGCCCUCUUUGUACCUUUUAGGGAGUCUUGGUAUUUGGAAAGUGAGUUGUGGAGCAAUGCUCAGUUGCAAAGGCUUGAUAUUGCACUAACCACAAGGAAAUGCACAUGUUUGUUGACACAUGACUUAGUUUGAUUUAAUGCAGUGAAUAUAGAUCAAAAAUAUUUUUAUGAUAAUGUCUAUGCUUUGAUUGUUGUACCUGGUUUCUAUUGAAUUUUUAUUUUGCCAUUUAAAAAAACGCAACAACAACCCUAGCACAUGUAUGUCACAGAGACAACUUGGACAUUUCAUUUAGAGAAUAAGAAUCCUUUAUGUUCCCUGAUAUAAAUUAAACCCAAUUUAAAUUCCAAUGCAACAAAUAUCUUAGUGUGUAGUGUCACUCUCAGAAAAAAAGGUACAAAAGCUGUCACUGGGGCUGUACCUUUUCAAAAGGUACACUUUUGUACCCAA